AUGCUGGACAUCGCGGGAGAUGGCAGCGUCAUCACUGGCCCCGAGAUCGACGCCAUGGACGACGUGAAGCUGCGGUCAGUGGUCAACGGCUGCAACAUCUACGCGCGCGCGUCACCAGAGAACAAGCUGCGCAUCGUGCGCGCCCUGCAGACCGGCCCCACCUACAAGGGCCCCAUGGAUGGCGACGAUCCCGACGACGACGGCCCGCCGUCCGAGGAUGAGGGCCGCGCAACCUCGGCCCCCGGCCCCUCCUCCGUCGCGGACGCGCGCCGCGUCGCGCCCGGCGGCGGCAGCCCGCUGGGCAGCGGCGAGAUCGCCAUCCAGAUUGGGACUGAGAAGGCCGAGGUUGGUGACGAGGACGAGGUGGUGGCUGCAGACAGGCCGGGCAGGCAGGUGGUGGCGAUGACCGGCGACGGCGUCAACGACGCGCCCGCGCUCAAGGCGGCCGACAUCGGUGUGGCGAUGGGCAUCACUGGCACUGACGUGUCAAAGGAGGCCGCAAAGAUGGUGCUAGCGGACGACAACUUUGCGACCAUCGUGCUGGCCGUCAAGGAGGGCCGCAGGGUCUGGGACAACCUGAGGAAGAUCCUGCUGUUCAACCUGCCGGUCAACUUUGCCCAGGGCACCUCGAUCUUCUGGGCCUAUGUCGUGGGCUUCAAGGAGGCCCCCCUCACGGCCAUCCAAGUGCUGUACGUGAACCUCAUCACAGCCAUCACCAUGGGCAUGAUGCUGGCCGCGGAGCCCGCGGAGCCCGACAUCAUGCAGCGCCCCCCGCGGCGCCCGGGGAAGAGGCUGCUGGGGAAGCUGAUCCUCUGGCGCUGCGCGUUCGUGUCCGUCCUGCUGGUGAUCUUCGUGCUCGGCAUGUUCGAGUGGGGCGCCGCCACUGGCCUGUCCCUGCCGCAACGCCGCGCCGAGGCCUUCAACACCCUCGUCUUCGGCGAAAUCGCCUACGCCCUCACGACCCGCUUCGUCAAGGCGACCAGCUUCCACCCGCGCAGCUUCCGUGGCAACCCCCUCUGCUUCAUUUCCAUCGCCGUCACCGCGGCGCUGCAGUUCAUGCUAACCUACGUCCCCGGCCUCAACACCUUCUUCUACAUGUCUGAGGGCAUGACGGGCAUCCAGUGGGCGCGCGUGUUCGUUUGCAUGGUGCUGGUCUACGCGAUCGUGGAAGUCGAAAAGGCGCUGGUGGACCCCUGCCUCAUGCCGGCUGUGAGACCGAUCCUGACGUUCAUUCAGCACCACGUGCCAAAGUUCCUACGGAUCCCGCGGAAGGUCACGGCGAAGGCCAAGGCGUCGAUCCAGAGGGGCGGCCGCUGA